UAUGUGUGUUAAUUACACCGGCUUGGAAUAUGUGAACUUCACUUUCACUCCCCUCACUCUCUCAGAAUCUCUGCCUCGGGUCUCAUUGUUUGUUUUAUACUCUUUCUCACUUCUCGAUUGUAUCAAUCUAUUUCUUUUUCUUUUGUUUUUUUGUUUUUAAAACAAAAGGGAUCUUUCCUCAGUUUUCAGUCUUCACUCUCUUUUGAUUUCUCGCCUGCCUUGUUGAUCUUUGAUAAAUCUUUGUUCUCACUUUCCCUUUCUAAAUUAAAAUAACCAGUGCCCUUUGGAGCUUUCUUCUUGUAUCACUCUCCAGAUCUACUCCAGAUUUCAUCAACAUAAUAGAAAGCUUGUUUUGUUCCCUUUCUCUUUGUCACUCUUCAAAUAAACUUCCGUUUUUGUUUCAAACAGAAUGUUUCGAGCUUUGGGUUCAAUUUGGCUUUGUUGCUUCUUCCUUCAAGUCUCAUUGUUCUUUUAUGUUUCUUAUGGGAACUUGAUAACUUGCUCGGGGAUAGUACCGAUGAGGUACAGAAACGAUAAGAUAUCGAUAACGGACUUUGGCGGGGUUGGGGACGGACGGACGCUUAAUACUAAGGCGUUCCGGGCAGCUAUAUAUCGAAUUCAGCAUCUGAGAAGGAGAGGUGGCACGCUGCUUUAUGUGCCUCCUGGGGUGUACUUAACGGAGAGCUUUAACCUCACUAGUCAUAUGACUCUUUAUCUGGCUAGGGGUGCUGUUAUAAAAGCCACUCAGGACACUUGGAACUGGCCUUUAAUUGCUCCUUUGCCAUCUUAUGGAAGGGGAAGGGAGCACCCUGGAGGAAGAUAUAUGAGCUUUAUUCAUGGAGAUGGACUACGAGAUGUGGUGAUCACUGGUGAGAAUGGCACAAUCGAUGGUGAAGGAGCUAUCUGGUGGAACAUGUGGAGGCAGAGAACUCUCCAGUUUACAAGACCAAAUCUUGUUGAAUUUGUGAAUUCCAGAGGCAUUAUCAUUUCAAAUGUGAUUUUUCGAAAUUCACCCUUCUGGAACAUUCACCCUGUUUAUUGCAGCAAUGUUGUUAUUAGAUAUGUUACCAUCCUGGCUCCACCAGACUCCCCUAAUACUGAUGGAAUUGAUCCAGAUUCAAGCUCCAAUGUCUGUAUAGAAGACUCAUUCAUUUCUACAGGAGAUGAUCUUGUGGCUGUGAAGAGUGGAUGGGAUGAAUAUGGGAUUGCGUAUGGACGCCCCAGCUCCUGUAUCACCAUCCGGCGAGUUACAGGGACAUCCCCAUUUUCUGGAAUUGCAGUGGGAAGUGAAACCUCGGGUGGAGUGGAGAAUGUCUUGGCGGAGAACAUAGUUCUUUACAACACGGGAAUUGGUGUUAAUGUGAAGACAAACAUUGGUAGGGGAGGGUUUAUAAAAAACAUCACUGUGUCUGAAGUGUUCAUGGAAAACGUAAGAACAGGUAUCAAAAUUGCAGGUGACACUGGCGACCACCCUGAUAACAAUUUUAACCCAAAUGCUCUCCCAUAUGUCAAGGGCGUUACGUUUAAGAACAUCUGGGGUGUGAAAGUCCAGCGAGCAGGUUCGAUACAAGGCCUCAAGAAUGCCCCCUUUACCGGCAUCUGUCUUUCGAAGGUUAACCUCCACGGGACAACCGGACCAGGAUCUCCUCCAUGGAAGUGCUCUGAUGUAAGUGGGGCUGCAAUCGAGGUAAGCCCAUGGCCAUGUGCCGAACUCACCAGCCCACAACAGAGUGGCUCAUGCGCCAGUCCUUUCUGAAGAUUCGGUUCUAUAUAUAUAUGGUUUUCUACUCUGUUUGAACCCUUAAACAACUGAAGCUUCCAUUAUUCUUUGAUUUCAGAUAAAACAGUUCCUUUUUCUGUAACUUUUCCAGAUCUCUGUAAUCGAUCUUUUUAGUGAAAUAUUUUCCAUUGCAACAA